AAUCUCUCAUAAACAAUGAAAUUUUAUGUGACGUGAAGAAAAAGAAAAAAAACACUAUGAAAAUUCUGUUGAAGAUGGAUGGAAUAAUUGUGUGAGGGAACCAAAAAGAGAAGACAAACGGACAAAUGUCAUCAUCCAUCCCCCAAAAAGAAAAAUCGUAUCUCUACGAUUCUUUAGGUAUUCCUAACUUCUUUAGGUAUGUCUUUGUCUCUUAUUAUUAUUGUUGAAAACAGAAAGAAGUCGACAUUUUUGGGUCUAAAAAAGGUUUACGUUUUCUUUUAUGUGUGUGAAUGAAUGAAUGAAUGAAUGAAUGUGGGAGUUAUUUCGAUUUCUUAUCCAACCAAAAGUAAGUACAAAGGGAGGGAUUGGCUAAAAAUUGACAAUCGGGUGGGGGAGAGGGGACCCUGAGAUUAUGAUGAACUGUCAAUUGGUAAGGCAGAAAGAAGAAGAAGACGGUUCCGUGAUUCAUCUCUCCCAUGAGAGCUUUUGUCUUUGUUUUUGAUUAGUGAAAUCUUUGAAAGUUUUUUUUUUUUUUUUUGGGUGUCGUCGAAUUCGAGAUUCUGAGAGGUGUCACUUCAACAGGGUUUGAUUCUGAUUGGAAGGCGAUUCUAGGGCCGAGUUUUGAAAUCAAUAGGGUUUGUUCGAUUUGUUGUGUUUUUUUUGGUUUGGUUUAGAGAUUUGAUUGUUUUGUUGGAGAAAAACAACAAACAAUAUGGAUCUUGUCUUUGGUGGAAAAUUUAAACUUGGGAGGAAAAUUGGUAGCGGUUCAUUUGGAGAGCUUUAUCUUGGUGUAAAUGUUCAAACCGGAGAAGAAGUUGCUGUCAAGCUGGAAUCUGUGAAAACUAAGCAUCCCCAACUCCACUAUGAGUCUAAGUUGUAUAUGCUGCUUCAAGGAGGAGCUGGUGUUCCUAACCUCAAGUGGUAUGGAGUUGAAGGGGAGUUCAAUGUUAUGGUUAUUGACCUUCUAGGUCCUAGUCUUGAAGACUUGUUUAACUAUUGUAACAGAAAACUCUCUUUAAAAACCGUUCUCAUGCUUGCCGAUCAGCUCAUUAACAGAGUCGAGUUUAUGCAUUCUAGAGGCUUCCUUCACCGUGAUAUUAAACCCGACAACUUUUUAAUGGGCCUUGGGCGCAAAGCAAAUCAGGUGUAUAUCAUCGACUUUGGUCUGGGGAAGAAGUACAGAGACCUUCUGACUCACAGCCACAUUCCGUACAGAGAAAACAAAAACCUCACUGGAACAGCUCGGUAUGCAAGUGUGAACACUCACCUUGGAGUUGAACAAAGUCGAAGGGAUGAUUUGGAGUCUCUUGGUUAUGUGCUUAUGUAUUUCCUUAAAGGGAGUUUUUUCUCAUUACCCUGGCAAGGAUUAAAAGCUGGGACAAAGAAGCAGAAGUAUGACAGAAUUAGUGAGAAGAAAGUAGCAACUCCUAUAGAGGUAUUGUGUAAAAAUCAACCGACUGAGUUUGUUUCGUAUUUCCGUUACUGCCGGUCUCUAAGGUUUGAUGACAAACCUGAUUACUCUUACCUUAAGAGGCUAUUCCGGGACUUGUUUAUUCGAGAAGGUUAUCAGUUUGACUAUGUAUUCGACUGGACAGUUCUUAAGUAUCCUCAAAUCGGUUCCAGCUCUGGUUCUAGUUCACGGACACGGAAUCAUACAAGUGCAAAACAGGGGUUAACUGCUGCAGGACCUUCUCUCGAGAAACAAGAGAGGACUCCUGGAAAGGAAAUCCGCGAGAACCGUUUCUCAGGUGCAGUUGAGGCUUUUUCUAGAAGGCAUCCGACAACUUCUACUCCGCGUGAUCGCUCGGCAUCCGAUGAUGGACCUUCGUCCAAGCGUUCGCACGGUGGUGACUCGGAAAGAUUACGUAGUUCCUCGAGAUACGGAAGCUCAUCAAGGAGAGCAAUGGCUUCAAGUUCUCGUCCAAGUUUCGCUUGUGGACCGAGCGAUAUUAGUCGAUCAUCUAGCCGUCUGGUCACUUCAAGUGGCGGAGUGGGAACAGGAAGUAACCGUGCAUCAUCGACAAGCCAGCGAAUCCAAUCAGGAAAUGAAUCCAAGACUUCGACCUUUUCUCGUGCUGCUAGAAACACUCGGGAAGAUCCAUUGAGGAGGAGCUUCGAGCUUCUCUCUCUCCGAAAAUGAGACCCGACAAAAACAAAAACAAAAAAAUAGAAAAGAAAAGAAAAAAGGUCCAUUAUACAUACGAACAAACGAAACGAAACACAUAUAAUCGUAAUUCGUAAGAGAGAAUCUGAGUUACGAAUAUACAUACGGCCACGUUUCAUAUGCUCUAUAUAAUUUCUUAUGUAUA